UCGUUAAAAAACGGCUCUCAGCUGAUGUUUAGUCCAAACAAAUCAUAAACUUGGAUAGCAAUUUAGUUAGAAACCCUGUUAUGAAUGGUCGAUUUAGGCGGGCAGAUAUAAAGAAAAACUAGCACGGAGCAGGUGUAUUUCCACGCAGCGGGCAUUUUGGAGCUUACGAAAUAGAAAGCUGAAGGUUGUUGACUUUUGAGUACUGUGCGAGCCGGUUGAGUGCGACUUAGAACUUUCCGGGAAUUUAUUCCCUAAAGAAAGCAGUUCCUUCAAGGCAUGUUAUAAACGCUCACUAAGUGGAUAUCGAACAGUUAUCGAGUGCCGCAAAGUGGUUAUCAAGUGUUUGUAAGGUGAAGAGUACCAUUGAGCAUGCGCAACUGCAAAAGACUGCUGAUUCUGCUUGGUUUAUUCAUUAUAGUGGACUCGGCGCACGUGGAAGAUGAAAUCAACAAGGCACAAUGUGGAAGACAGUUUCGCCGUUCCCUGACGCACAUACGCAAGAGAUUUCUUGGGUUGAUCGACAAGAGGAUUGUGGGCGGGGUCGUGAGCAGUGAAGGCCUAUGGCCAUGGCAAGUGGCACUACUGCUGAACGAUCGUCAGGUGUGCGCGGGCUCGCUGAUCGAAGCUCGAUGGAUAAUUACCGCUGGCCAUUGUUUUAAAGAUCCUCGCUCAUCCGCUGAUCCCGACAAGUGGAAGGUACUUCUCGGUGAAAGGCGGCGUCACUCAUCCAAAAGACACUUUGAGCGCGCCCAGCAAGUGAAGCGAAUCAUCGUACAUCCCAAGUUCAAUGGAAAGUUUGUGAAUGGCGACUUUGCCGAGCCUAUCGACUAUGACAUAGCGCUUCUGGAAUUAGAGCAGCCAGUGCUGUUUGACAAUCGCGUUUAUCCGAUAUGUCUUCCACCGUCCAACAUGGAGGAGCCUGCUGGCAAGAUCUGCUACAUUACCGGGUGGGGAAGGAAUGGCUGGCGAGGACACAGAUCAAAAUUCCUCAAACAAGCCGCUCUGCCGCUUGUAUCACGUGACCAAUGCAACCGCAUGGAGUCGUACAAUGGUCAAGUGCACAAGACAUCACUGUGUGCGGGGUUUAAUGACGGCAGUGUUGACGCAUGUCAGUCAGACAGUGGCGGGCCGCUGGCUUGUCAGGACGGCGGGCGCUGGUACUUGACCGGUGUAAUCUCCUGGGGAAAGCAGUGCGCACGGCCGCUCAAGUAUGGCGUGUACGCAGAUGUGAGGGUCCUGGGACCGUGGAUUAGACACGUGAUUCAGGACGUGAACAAAAGUGAAAUGUGAAGCGACCAGCUCACGCUUCCCGUAAUACAUUGCUAUAGCAGUCAAUUACUGGCGAAAGCAAAUAUUAAAAGAAAAAAUAAUUAAAAACUUUGUAUAUUCCUUUAUGGCAAAAGUCUGCGGAUUAUUUAGAGUUUUGGUUGAUCAUAGAACCUUAAGGUAUGGUGAGGCGUGUCAUAAAGGGGUAUACGCCCGGGGCAUGCGAUUUUUGGAUUUUUUUUUUUUGCUUAACCAACGCUGUAUCUGUCUUGUGAUGUAUAAAAUAAAAGUAUUUAAAACUUU